AAAUAACGAAUAUUUUAAUGCAGUACAAUGUAGUUGCAACGUUUCAUAAGGUUUUAACUACCGUUAAAACUGAUAAAAAUUAUUGUCAAGAAUGUCAAAAGAAAUGAAUGAAACCGACAUUAAAGAACCAAAUUAUUAUAUUAAUUGGUUGGAAAAAUCGAUUGCAGAUGAAUAUUUCAAUUAUUAUGAAUAUUCAGAAUUUAAAAAUUUAGAACCGAUAGGAAGUGGUUCAUUCGGAAGUGUCGUUCGUGCUAAUUGGAAAAAUGCUGGAAAUUUUUUUGUUUUAAAAACUUUUAAAAAUUAUGACAAUGCAAUGUUAAAAGAACUUGUUAAUGAGAUAAGAUUACAAAAAAGAGUUGACUUUCAUGAAAACAUUAUACGGUUUUAUGGAAUAACGAAAGUAGAAAAUGAAAAAUACUCGUUAGUCUUAGAAUAUGCUAACAAUGGUACACUAAAAACUUAUUUAAAUGAGCAUUUUAAUGAACUCACUUGGACUGAUAAAUAUCAAUUAGCAUUUCAAUUAGCUAAUGCUGUAGAUUGUUUGCAUGAUUGUAAUAUUAUUCAUCGUGACCUGCAUGCAGGUAAUAUACUUGUACAUCAGAAAAAGCUAAAGUUGACGGAUUUUGGUCUAUCAAAAAAAAUCGCUGAGGUAUCAAGCAAUACAUCGAAAAUACUUGGAGUAAUACCUUUCAUUGACCCAAAAAAGUUAAAUGAUCAAGAUUAUAAACUAAACAAAAAAUCUGAUGUAUACAGCAUGGGAGUUUUAAUGUGGCAAAUUUCAAGUGGCCGUCAACCAUUUUGUGAUUAUAAUUAUGAUGCAAGUUUAAUCUUAUCCAUAGUAAAAGGUAAACGGGAAACAAUUAUUGACAGUACUCCUAAAGAAUAUAUAAAUUUGUAUACAGAAUGUUGGAAAUAUGAGCCAGAUGAACGUCCAAAUGCGCAAAAUGUCGUCUCAAUCCUUUAUACACUAAAAUUUCCUAAACAAGAUGAUACAAUUAUUGGUACUGUUAAUAAAGAAAAAGAAAAUAAUCAACUAAUAGAAAAAUAUGAAACAAUUUCAAAAUCAAUUAAGACCAUGGAUUUAAAUAAUGAAUUGUUAUCAAAUAUUGGAUUAAGUAUAAAUAUAAUGGAUAUUGAAAAUAAUUUAUCAUAUACAUCAAUUCAAUCAAAUUCGUCAAUAUUUUCAUAUAGGUAGAGGUUGGAACUGGUCCAAAAAGUCUUAACCGGUUAAUAACCGGUUAACCAAACCUUUAACCGGUUAAUUAACCGGUUAAAACUCAAUCCUAGUCAGAAUUAAAAUUCGGCCAGGAUUAGCAUCAAAUAUAUUUUUAAUCCCGGCCAAAAUUAGGCCAGACCAAAACUCUAACAAUCGAAACGAAACUCUAGCUGAAAGACGAAAUUCAGGCAAAAAUUGUCUGGCCGGCACUAUGAAUUUCAGCCCGCAUAUAUAACACAAAAAAUUCC